UAACUGUGGUCCACACAAGCUGUUAGUAAUUGCAACACUUUGUAACAAGACGGCUACAAUAUCUACUAAAAGGGUGGUUAAAUGAUGCUAUCGCAGUUAGCCGAGGUACAGCUAGCAAACUGCUAAUUUUGCUAACUAGCCAGGAAGCCCAGUCAACACCGCCACAGAUCACAGGAUGGACUCCAGUGGGAAACCCUCAACCACACAGAUCGUGGUUUUUGCCACCAGCUCUGCCCUGACCGCACUCUUCUACUCCAUUUACAGGAACAGAGCUACGACGGUUGCCAGAUUAAAGGAAGCCAAGAAAAUGUCCAUUGACCAGGAUUUGAAAAAUAUCCUGUCUGAAACCCCUGGAAGAUGUGUCCCAUAUGCUGUCAUAGAAGGUGUGGUGAGAAAUGUGAAAGAAACUCUGAGCAGUCAGUUUGUUGAUAACUGCAAAGGCGUCAUUGAAAGACUGACACUGAAGGAGGAAAAGAUGGUGUGGAAUCGCACCACUCACCUGUGGAACAGCACAGAGAAAGUCAUCCACCAGCGCACCAACACAGUUCCAUUUUCCCUCGGGUCUCAUGAUGAAGAUAUCACUGCCGCAGUUCGAGUUAUACGUCCACUAGAUGCUGCAGAGUUGGACCUGGAGACCACAUAUGAGAACUUCCACCCCACAGUCCAGUCCCUGUCCAGUGUCAUUGGCCAUUUCAUCAGCGGGGAACGGCCCAAGGGCAUCCAUGAAACAGAGGAGAUGCUGCGGGUGGGAGACAGCAUCACAGGGGUGGGAGAGCUGGUCCUGGAUAACAACCUGAUCAAGCUCCAACCUCCAAAGCAGGGCUUCCGUUAUUUCCUCACCCGGCUGGACUACGAGUCUCUCCUGAGGAAGCAGGGGAAUAGCGUCAGACUGUGGAGGAUUCUGACUCUGGUCUUUGGCGUCGCUGCCUGCUCCACUCUCAUCUUCAUCCUGUGGAAGCGAUAUGUGCACCACCGACAGAGUAAGAAGGAGAGGAGCAUGCUCGAGGAGUUCAAGGAGCAGCAGAAGAAACGAAUGCGUGAACUUAACAUAGAGGAGAGCAACGUGUCGCCAACUAGCUGUACUGUCUGCCUGAGCCGGGAGCGUUCGUGUGUGUUUCUGGAGUGUGGUCAUGUGUGUGCCUGUGCUCAGUGCUAUGACGCCCUGCCAGAGCCAAAGAAAUGCCCCAUCUGCAGGGCAGCUAUUGACAGGGUGGUGCCUCUUUACAACAGCUAAUGUGAGUUUUAGCAAACACAGAGAAGCGUGGAAAAGGCAUUUUACAGUCACAGUAACAACGGAAAUAUUUCAUUCAAAAGCUUUUACUCAUCCUGUUUGAUAAUCAACAGGAAUCUCUGUGCUGAAUAAUGACGUAAUCACUUUUCUCUUCGAAUGUUCAAAUCAAAUCUGGAAACUGUAAUUCAUCUUGAUCAACACAAUGAAAUCCCUUCUUUCAUCUUGAUAAAGAAAAUUAGAUUCCUUCUGUCAUCCAGAGAAACAGUGAGAUAUUUUCUCUCUUAGACACGCACAAAUAUUGAUCAGACAAAUGUUGGUUCUGUUUCCUGAUAAAAGAUCAGUCUUAGUGUCUCUUUGAACUUUCUUUUUUUUUAAUGUGUUUCCCAAAGCAGCACUUAAGAAUGAAGGCAUGUGGAGUUAAGAGCUUUUAAAUUCACUUUAAAGUAACUUGACAUAACUCUCUGUUGGCCAGGCUUUAAAUUAAAAACACAUCAGUUACAAAGCAGAAAUGUUGUAAACAAGAUAAUACAAGCAUUCAGCAUGAACAUGUGCCUCCUUAAGAAGAUAAGAAAUCUCAAAUGAAGCAGAUGAAUAUCCACAUCAUUUAGGUGUAAUAUAACGACAACUAAAAACAUGUUUUUAUUAUAUUUGGUAAAAACAGGAAAAUGCCUUUUUGUGCUAGUCAAACUAGCACUUGAUUUACAUCAAAUGUUACUUCACAGAGAGUGUCAUGGUCAUGGUUUAAUUGUAUUUUAUGAAGAGAUGCAUUGUUCUAGAUUUACUCAUUACUGUAGCCACUAUCCAGGCACAGGGUGAAGGAGUAAACCUAAAAAUUAAUAAAAACAACAAAAAUAUCCAGAAAACAUUUCUUAUUUUUGGUCCAUCCUGCAAGUUCUGGAAAUUCUUAAAGUUAAACACUCUUAGAUCUCAAUUAGAGGGUGGAAGAAGUACUUUGAUCUUUUACUUAAGUGAAAGCAUUCACAUAUAAAAUGGGUCACAAGAGAAAUCACGGGGCUAUGUGAGGAUUAAUGGCAGAGGAGGAAGAAAAAUAAAGUUCUGAUUUGUACAUUUAAAUUCAUUAUGAUCUUAUACUGAAAAAUAUUGGAUCAUUUGACCUCUUUGGGCCUCAAACAGUUUAUUUAGAUGAAACCAUCUCAGAAGUUUAGAGGGGAAAAUCGUGCUUUGGUGCGCCCAGACACUGCCUUUUUGUGAGAGGUUUGGAGCCACUGAUUGAAGGCACUGCAGUGCAUUUUAUAAGCUCAUUGUGUGUUUUAUUGAAUGUAAAAUCUUACCUGUAAAGUAACCAGUAACUGUAGCUGUCAGGUAAAUGUAGUGCCUCUGAAAUGUAGUGGAGUACAAGUAUCAAGUAACAUAAAAUGGAAGAAUGUUAAAAUUGUGCAGAUUUUGAGUUAAUGUACUCAGUUACCUUUCACCACUGGAAGCUUUCUUAGUGAAUGAUAUUUUCUAAAAAUGUCUAAUAUUAUGAAUCUUUUUGGGAAACACAUAAUAAGCUUAAGAAAGUUCGCAAAAUGGAUUUCACAAUCGUCUUAGCCUUCAGAUACCUGUGGGAAACAGGCCCUACCUUGUUCUUAGUCUCCACAUUUGAUUUGAAGUGGGUACAGAUCUUUCUUCUGAUGUCUAAUUAAGCUUUGGCAAGGCCUCACGGUUCAUUUAAGGUUGUGUUUUGUGCAGAUGAGGCAGAGGAAAGGUGGCAGCUCACACCACAGAUUUCUGUGUAAGAGUUUCAAGAGUGAGGUGAGGUGGUGGUGGCAGGGGGAUAAUUGUACAAGCUUCUGUCAGGUUGUUUCCAUGUUCUGGAGAGAGGGAGCAAGCUGACCCUGUCCUGUGCAAUUUUUUUUUGAUCUUUUUCUGAUUUUCCAUUGGGUGCUUGCUAAUAGAGACAUGUGCAGCAGGUGCUCAGGCUCUAUAGACGUUCAGCCACAGUACAUGGAUCAAGUGGCAACACAUGGAAAAGUUGUUAGAGUACUGUACUUGGGUGACCUCUUAGACAUUUCAGCUGCUGAUUGUUUGGACUUGGAACCUGCCUUUCCUGGGACUUUGGCAAAAAAUUAGAUAAAGUCAACUCUCUCCAACACUCACCAUUUUGCAACUGAAACCUCAUUAAAGACAAAUGUAAUGCAGACCAAAAAAAACGAAUUACUUUAAUAAACUUGCAGUGAUUGUGUAAAAUAAAAAGAAAGCUGUUAAAAGAA